UACAGGGGCCUGUCUGCCGCCCAGUUCCAGCACCCCCUGGACCAGCAGAACACGGCGCUGCUCAGGGUGCUGCCCGGGCUGGAGCUGGUGGCCCGCAACCUGAUGGGGCCGGUGGCCGAGCAGGUGCUGCUGCUGGAAAACAUCGGCACCUCCAUCAAGGCGGGCCCCGACCAGCUGCCCAGCCUGCACCGCCUGCUCACCGAGGCCGCCGCCAUGCUCCAGAUGGAGGCUCCCGACCUGUAUGUGCGGCAGAACCCUUUGCCCAAUGCUUACACUCUGGCCAUUGCGGGGCGCACUCCUUUCAUCGUGGUGCACACCGCGCUGCUGGAGCUGCUGACGCCGGCGGAGGUGCAGGCGGUGCUGGCCCACGAGCUGGGCCACCUCAAGUGCGACCACGGCGUGUGGCUCACCGCGGCCAACGUUCUGGCCCUGGGCACCGUCAGCCUGCUGCCGGUGGUGUCGUCGGCGGUGGAGGAGGGGCUCCUGCGCUGGCUGCGGGCCGCGGAGCUGACGUGCGACCGAGCCGCGCUGCUGGUGGCGCAAGACAGCAAGGUGGUGGUGUCGGCGCUGAUGAAGCUGGCGGGCGGGUCGCCGUCGCUGGCUGGGGAGCUCAACAUCGACGCCUUCCUGCGCCAGGCGCGCAGCUACGACGAGGCCACCGCCUCCCCCGUGGGCUGGUACCUGCGGAAUGCGCAGACGCGGGCGCUGUCCCACCCGCUGCCGGUGAUGCGGGCCCGCGAGAUCGACCGCUGGGCUCAGUCGGAGCAGUUCCGGGCGCUCCUGGCGGCCAACCAGCAGCCCGCAGGCGGCACCAGCAGCGGCAGCACCCAGCAGAGGCCUGCCCAGCGGAAGCCUGUGCAGUCAGGCGGCACGCGCAUCAUCCCAGUGCAGUAG